GAAAAAAGUAUAAAUAAAAUAUAUAUUUAAAAAAAGGAGGUCAAUUUUUGGACUUCUCGGGUGAGUUAAUAUUGAAACAUCUAUAGCAUUUUUCAAGUACAUCAUUUAAUUAGUUCAGCUUGCAAAACAUAUUUUGGAUAUUAAGAAUCUUGCCAUGAAAUUUCCUGUGUGUACAUAUAAUUCCAUGAUUUAGCGGUUGUCUAUACUAGGUUCAAGCUGUACUGUGUAAGAAUGUGAUACCACAAUUAUGUACUUCUAUACCUUUAUUGUUUAACUCCCUAGAGUCAGAAAUUAUUUUCAAAAACUUCAUAUUUGUUUCAUUACAAGUUUCAUAUAGCAUGGUUAAAUAGUCCUGUUCCCACCUUUUGGUUCUUAAUUGAAAAAUCAAAUGUUUGCUUUAAAAAUUAACAUUUGUCUCUCAUCAUUUCAUUAUUUUUAAAUUUUGCCUUGUCGAAGGAACAGUUAUUUAGGAAAACAAAUCUUGUGUAAUUUUGGAUGAUUACUUAAAUAGUGACCUAUAUUAAUAAUAUUCCAUCCAUCAUAGGUAGAUUUUGAUACUUGACAUAGAUUUAUAUUUCAGACAAAAAAUAUUCAAAUAAUCCUAAUUACUUCUUCUAGGAUUUGAAACAAAACUUCAGACAGGGAUCCUUGGGACCUGACACAAUGGAGACGGAAAGUGAGCAGAAUUCAAAUUCAGCCAGUGGCAGCUCAGGCUCUGGUGCAAGCACUCGCCCACAGAUAUCGCAAAUGACUCUCUACGAGCGGCAGGCAGUGCAGGCCCUUCAAGCACUACAGCGACAACCCAAUGCAGCCCAAUACUUUCAUCAAUUUAUGCUUCAACAACAGCUCAACAGUGCUCAACUUCACAGUCUGGCUGCAGUCCAGCAGGCCACAAUUGCAGCCAGCAGACAGGCAGGCUCUCCAAACACAAGCUCCCCUCAGCAGACAGCCACCACACAGGCUUCAGUAAGUAGAGUGAUUCAUGAUCGUUUGUUUGGAUACUUUCUUGAUUAGGAGUGGAUAUUUUCAUACCUAAGUCUGGCAUUUUGGAGUCUGGAAAAAGUGUUUGCUGUGUGGGUGGAGAAUAAUAUUAGAAAGAAAAAUGAAAAGUAUCUAUUUUGGAGAAAUAAUGGUUAGUGUGUGU